AUGGAAGAAUAUUGUCUCGAUCAUGGCUGUCGUAUUCUCUACAGCCAUGCAUCAGAAUCAAGAGCCAACAAUCGCAUCAGUUUCCGAGCAGAAUGUUCACCAGACUAUAACAGGAAAAAGGCCCCGCCUAUUGAGCAUUUAAUAGAGAAGAACUGGGCUCUUUUUAAAGAAGAUCUGGGAGAUAAGCUAUACAAUGGAAGAAAAUUUCGAAUUAAUGACGUUAAAUUGAUAGGUGAUGAAGUUAUAGUAGAAGUUGGAUUAACAGACUACAAAGAUCACGUGGGAACAAAUUUAGGCCAAGACGUGUCUUCAUUUUUAGAAUUUGGUGAAGCAACCUUUGGUAACAAGCACGCUUGCUUAUCCGACGCACUCGGUGUAGGAUCAAUGCUUGUCACUGCAGAUAAUUACUUUCUAUUCGUAGAAAGGAGCCUAGAAGUUGCUGAAGGAAAAGGCAAGAUUGAUUUUCCCGGUGGCCACGCGGAGCCAAUGGAAAUGGCAAAGAAGAUUGGAUGUGAGGAGAUAGAUUUAUCCCUUAUAAAAAGUGAAGAUGUAUUGCAUGAGGUAUUUUAUUCCAUGGUACGAGAAGUAAGAGAUGAGAUAAAUAUACCUGAAGACCACUUGUCAUGGCCAGUUCUCCUUGGGUUUCUUAGAAAUAUUACCAAUGGAGGCAAGCCUCAUGCAGCAUUCAUUAUUGAAUGUACCUUGGGAAAAGAUGAAAUCCAAAGGCUGUUUGACAAGGGUGGGCCUGAGGCAUAUGAAAGUACAAGAACCCUGUUCAUCAAAAAGGAGGAUCUCCUAACAAUGUCAUCAGAAAGGCUCAAGACUGAACUUGGUGAAAUGACUCCAUGUGCAAAAGCAACUUUAUCUUUAUACUUGAACUAUCAAAGGGAAUCUAAUGGUAAAGAUUAGCUGUAAGCAGUUCCUUGGA